UGUAUAGUCUAUUAGUUUCGGCAGUUCUGUCUGUUGCGAUAGAAGUGAAGAGAGCAAAUUUUAAGAUUUGAAUAUUGAACACAACAGGACGCAACAAUAAAAUAAAAAUAACAACGAUAGAAUCAAAACGAUAUCCAUUGAUUUAGCGUAAGCGAUUGGUGGCCAAUAAAAAGAACAAAGAAAAUUUAACCGAACGACACUGAUAGAAAUUAGAAAUAAGACAAAAGCAAAUAGUGUAUAGAGAUCAUCAGCUGGCAAUAGAUGCGAUUCAAAUGUUAAUCGCAUCCAAUGGAAUUUCAGCGUAGAUCAAAGGCAUCAUCGAAUUGAAAAUCAAUUGACACACACCAAAUUGAAAUCACACACCACGUGCAUAUCCAUGAUGGAGCAUCUUACUGUGACAUCUACACAACCGUAUCAUGGUUUUUUGGAAAUUCAGGGACAUAAACGGCCCGAUUUAUUAUCACAACUUGAAUCGGAAAUUGCCGCUUACCAACCAUAUACCAAACAAAUAGUCGCUCAACCUGAUCUACAUCCAAAGCUGGAAUUUGACACUGUUUAUUUGGCAUGGAGUGCGGGAAACAAUAAAUACCAUCGAUGCAUUGUCACUGAAAAACGUUCCAACAACAAAGUCGUUAUUCAAUUGAUCGACUAUGGCUCGGACUUUGAAGUGGAUGCUAGUGUGUUGCUUGAGCUGGAUCCAAAAAAUAAAAAAGGUGAAUUUUUGCGUGAAUUUCCGCCAAUCGCAACUCGAUACAUUUUGGCAAAUUUCUUUUGCAAUUGGAAGUUAAACGAACGUGUCAUCAUUGAAUCGUUGCUGGUCAAGUCAAUUUUACCAAUCACAAACGAACAAUCGGAUCGUGAUUAUACCUACAUUUCAUUGAAAUAUGGUGAUAUUGAUUUGGCAACAAAACUUAUCACAUCAAGUGUUGGUAUGGAAAUUUCAUUUACCGAACAACGAAUGGAAAUGCGUAAAUGGUCGCAGCGUUUCGAAGAAUUCAGCAAAGGUCCGGCAAUGAAUGGUGCCGCCAGUGGUUCACCAGCACGACGUGAAAAACGUCGAAAUCUCGUUCCAACGCGUCCAUUACAAGCGGCAGUAGCAGCAGCCACAACAAAUAAUAAUAACAACAACAAUACAAUCACCGAUCAGGGCAAACAAUUGAUUCAAAAUUAUAUCGCACAAAAACCGAUACGUCCAACUUUUCAACCAGAUGCAACUCCGAUUGAAGUGAUUCCACAGCCAAAUGUUGAUGGUCGAAUUCCAGCAUUUACCGGCAAUGAAUUGGUGCCGAAUAUAUUUCAUGUGGUUUAUUGUUCGUACGUUGAAAAUGGUCCAAACGAAUUUUAUGUGCAACUAAAGAGUCAAGAGCAUAUUUUGGAUCGUUUGGCCAAUGAUUUGGCGAGUGCCGAACGUAUAAAACUCAAUUCAAAACGGCCCAUCAAUAUGUCAUGCAUUGGUAUGGCGUGCAUUGCACGAUUUUCCGAAGAUCAAAAUCUAUAUCGAGCGGUCAUUCACAAAGUGCAUACCGAUGGUUGUCGCGUUAUAUUCGUCGAUUAUGGUAAUUCAGAAUUGGUGGCAUUCUCCGAUUUAUACGAAAUUCCAUCCAAUUUUCUCGCACCAAAAACAUUUGCAAUGCCAUUUGAAUUGUUUGGCUGCAAAGAGCUCGGACCGAUCGAUGCUCGUUUGAAAAAUGCAUUCAAUGCGCUUGUUUCAAAUGAUACAUUGCUUGAACUCAAAGUCAUUCCCACAAAAUUAUCACCAGUUCAACAGUGCGAACUCUUUUUGCCGAAUGGUGAUAAUGUGCUUACCGUGUUAAAACAAAAGAAGACCGCAUUGAACACAUACCCGAAUCCACCACAUUUGAAAGACGGUGAUUUGGUUGUUAUACGCUGUGCAGUCAAUGCAAAAAAAUUCUUUGUACAACGAGUCAAAGAUCAGGAAAAAUGUGAACACAUGAUGGAUUUACUAUUGGCACAUUGCCAUAGUGCACCAAAAAUGACCGUACUGCCACCGAAGGAUAAAUGCUGUGCCGCAAUGUUUCAAAAUGAUGCCCAGGAAUGGUAUCGUGUUAUUGUUAUGGAUCAAAUUGAUAACGAACACGUUCUAGUGUAUACCGUUGAUUAUGGCUUUGAAAUGAAAUGUCGAUCAGAUGAAUUACGUGAUAUCACGUCAAAUUUUCUCGAAUUACCACGUCAAGCCAUCGAAUGUUGUUUGGUCGAUUUUGCGGAUGUACCCGAAGUACCAGAAACGACACGAGUACAAAUUGAAAUGUCCAUUGAACGCUCCGAUGGAUAUAUACGUAAGUACAAAACGUCAUUGCAUCAUCGCCUUCCGAAUUCAGCUUAUGUUGUUGAAUUACGUGACGAAGAAAAUGAAAUGAGUUUAUCGCAUUCGGUGUAUAAAAAUACAAUGCCACGUCGCAAUAAUUAUGUCCAAAAAUCAUCGACUAAAGCCGUAAACGAAGUAGAAAAACCACCAAGAGCAAUAUCAACAACAGCAAUACCACCCGUCAAUAAACCAAACAACUGGCCAAUUGUGCGAGAAUGCGAUGGUGCCGAAAGUCAUGAAAAAUUCAUUGAAACGACCGAUGGACCGAUUGAGCAACAACGAUUUGGAAACAACAAAGAUCGACAGACCGACGAUAACACUCGAUAUGAUCGUGCCAAGCCACAACAAUCACCCCGAGCACGGAUUGAAAAUACCAAACAAUCGAUGAACAAUGGAUCAUCACCGAAAAAUUAUGGAAAUCGGUCAGAGUUUGACAAUCGACGUAACAACGAAAUGAACAAAAAUCUCGAUAAGAAUGAUAAUUGGGAAAGCUCUGGUGUGGCUGAAUCUAUGGGUAAUCAUAGCACAGAUACGAUAAGCAAAACCCCGGAUAAAAUCAACACAAAUAACAAUAAGCGUCCACCAAUGAUAACAACUGAAGAUUUUGUUGGUUUUAAUGCAGUAUUGCCGGAUGCAAUUCCAGUUCCGCUGAAUUCAAGCACUAAAGUGAACAUCGUUGAUUGGCGUUCACCUUUGGAAUUUUAUGUACAACUCAAGUCGAUGGACAACAGAUGCGAUGAUAUGAUGAAUCAAAUUCAAAGAUACUAUAAAAAACGUGCAACAAUCCAAACAAAAGUUCCGAUCGGUGCAUUGGUUUUGGUUCGGCACAAAGCUGACGAUAUUAUCAAACGUGCCAAAGUGCUUGAAUACAAUGAACCACGUGAUAAAUAUCGUGUCCAGUUUAUUGAUUAUGGCAGCAAAUGUAUCUGCCAAACAUCGGACAUGUAUGAAAUAGAAAAAUCAUUCACAAUUUUACCGGCGAUGGCUAUGCGAUGCACAUUUGGCAAUGUCACCUUGAACAAAUCGAUUUUGGAAAUUCAUGAUAAAGUUCAUCGACACAUCGAAACGUCCAACGAAAUUGAAUGCACAGUGAUCGCUCAGGAACAAAACAUCCAUACAGUUGAUUUGAUUGUGAAACGCUCCGCUGAUUUGGCCGUCAAUUUGAAAAAUACUCUGAUUCAAGAGAAAUACAUAAGCAAUUUGUUCAAAGAUAUGAGCUUGGAACGUUUGAUUGGCCAAACACUCACCGUACUCAUCACAUCAGUCACAGAUCUAACUCGAUUCCAAGCAAUGCUUUAUGGCUGUGAUAUUGCAUUGAUGUGCAGUUACAAAGACUUAAGCUUAGUUAAGAAGAAUCCACAAUUAUCAGAGCAUUUCCGAACAUUCGAGAAUAAAUAUGUCAAUGUCAAGAUUGAAUCGAUUGACGCUGAUAACAUUUUGAUGUUGUCCGUCUAUGUGCCGGGAUUGGACCAAGAUACCAAUUUGCCUGAUAUAUCCUAUUAUCCGAUUGAUAGCAAUACAUUUGACGGUACAAUUAGUCACAUUGAGCGACCCAAUGUUGUUUACGUUCAGAACAUUAAGUUUGAUGGGCAGCUAAAUGCAUUAUUAGAUGAACUGUAUGGGGCAUAUGAAAGUGACACAUCAGUUUGUUCAUCAUUGGAAGUGAACCAAAUCUAUGUCGCGGUGUCAUCACUUGAUGGAAAUUACUAUCGCUGCCAAAUCGAGAUAUUUUAUCCAGACGAUACGGUAACGGUGCGUUGGAUCGAUUAUGGGAAUACGGAACGAAUUCCAAAGUCCACUGUUAAAGUGAUAAAAGAACAAUUCAAGUCACCGUUGAGCAUUAUGGCUCGAAAAAUGUUUAUUCCAAUUCAAUUCAUUGAUGAAAAUGCAUCAUUGGCCGAUUUUGAUUGGACCACCGUGAAAAAUGUCAAAAUUGUGGGCACACAUCAAACCAAUUUUAUUUGUGAUCUAUCAUUGAAUGGAUGUAAUUUAUUCGAAAAAUUGAUUGCCGAAGGUAAAGCAAAGAAGCUUUCUUUGUCACAACUCAUUGAAUUGAUUGAUCAGAUUCAAUCGGUAAUUGAAGCACCUGUUCAAGAAGAAAAAGAUCAACCGAUACAGACUGAAUCGAUACAACACCAACCUCAACAACAACAAACCGAACAACAAACUGAACAGCAGCAACCACCGCCUAUUGAGAAACAACAAGAGCCACCAAAAGAACCGACAUCAAAAUCAGCACCUGAAACCACAGAAAUAUCACCCGAAAGUGGAAUUGGUUCUGAGGUGUCUGUAACUAGUACCAUACCUGAUAUCAACCAUUUUGAUUCAUCACAGGCAAUCGUUGUAGAUCAAAUUGCCGACGCACCAAAAACUGAGGAUCGUGAAUUGGUUUUCAUAACACAUGUUGAUCAUCCGAAUCGGUUUUACAUUCAAUUAAAUUCCGACACCAUUGAAAUAAAUUCGUUCGAAACAUCAUUGCAAAUUGUGGCACCACAAUUACCGGCAUUGGCCGAUUUUCGUGCUGGUCAACUAUGCAUUGCCAAAUAUACAUUGGAUGAUCGAUGGUAUCGAGCUAAAAUUAUUGAUACAGACGGUGAAAUAACAUCGAUACUAUUCAUUGAUUAUGGUAAUACUGAUUCCAUCACCGAUAAUACAUUGUUGAAAUCGAUAAUCGACAACAGUUUAAUCGAACGUAAACCAUACGCAAUGAAAUGUUCGUUGCCAAUAGCACCACGUGGUUCUGGCGAGUGGGCUGAAAAUGCAUGUCAAAAACUUAGAAUGCUCCACUCUGAUGAUUCACCAUUAACAUAUGAACUAGUCAGCAAAGACAAAGAUGUCAACUAUGUGAAACUGUUCUUUGUCGGUGGACGUGAUUUGGUGAAGGAAUUGAUUCAAGAAGAAGUUGCUGAACCAUUGGAAAUUAUCCGAUCGGGCGAAAAAUGUUUCAUAAGUCAUAUCAAUUCAUUGAGUGAUUUCUUCAUUCAAGUCGAUUCGGAUUCGGAGGUUCUACAUAAAAUCGAAUUACACUUGGCCCAAAACAAUAGUCCAACUGCGCCGAGUACACCAACAAUUGGAACAAUCUGUAGUGCACAAUUUGAAGAUGGUUUAUUCUAUCGAGCGCGAAUUUUAAAUGUUUUACCAGAUGGAAAAUAUGAUGUUGAGUUUCUCGAUUACGGCAAUACCUUCCAAACAAACGAAAUACGAACGUUAAGCUCGGAAAUCGCACAAUUACCACUUUUGCGUAGGCAAUGCACGAUGAAAAUGGCCGAUAACAUUGAGUGUUGGAGCGACGAAGCCGAAAAAAAAUUCCGUGACAUUUCUGGUGAUGGUGCAACUGAAUUCAAAGUGAUAAUGUCGAAACCCGGUAAAAGUGCAAUCGUUGAAUUGUACCUCGAUGAUCAAAAUCUAACCGAUAUUUUGGGUGAAUUAUGUGUGAAAAAACAACCAUCACUUCUGAUAACAGCGGAUGAGCAAGAUGGUGCAUCGAAAGAGGCCACAUCACCACAACAACAUUCGGUUAAUAUUACCGAUUUUCCAAGUGGAAAACAAACAUGUUAUCUCACACAUAUUGAAUCACCGAACGAAUUUUACAUUCAGUUCGAUUCCAAAUCGGCAGAAUUAAAUUUAAUUCAAUUGCAACUACUCAACGAACAAGACACACUUACACCGGAUGAUGUUACAGUUGGUUCGGUUAUUGCAGCAUUGUUCAACGAUGAUUAUCGCUAUUAUCGAGCCAAAGUGCUCGAAAAAACUGCAAACGAUGUUGUGGUCAAAUUCAUUGACUAUGGCAAUACGUGUAAAGUAACAAAGUUUCGAAAAUUAUCGAGCGUUAUUGAUACAAUCAUUCCGUUGGCCGCCCAAUGCACAUUGGCCAAUGAUCGAAUGCAGCAAUUUACCGAACAAGAUACAAAAGUGUUUAUGGACUUUCUGGCGGAAUCGCCGGAGCCAACAUUCCAAGUUGAAUCGAUUGGCAUAACGACAGCCACCAAAACAAUCGUCACAUUCUAUCGUGAUGGCAUGGAAAUUCUUGAUUACAUUCGGGCUAAAGUCGCAUCCGACGUCUUAGCGGAUGUCAUGGAGCAGGCGAUUCAUAUACCUCAUUAAGUCAACAGCAUCAUCUACAUCGUCACCGAUAAAAAAGAAUGUAUGACAAGCAAUAAUUACAAUAAUUUUUUUUCUUCUCUUUUUAAAAUAUUGAGAAAACUUUUCAUAAAAUCAUCAUAUUUUUUUAU